GUGUCGCUUUUGUGUAAAUACAAGUAGCGUCUCUACGAACAAUUCCAAAAAGUUAUUAUAUAGUAUUCUAGCUGGUCUAACAUUAACACGUAGAUAUUAAUUUUAGUAAAUUAAAUAUAAUUAUAUUCAAUUAACUAAGUAAAAAAUUGAUAUCGAUUUAUUGAUUUGUAUCGUAGAAUUUAGAUUGAUUUAUAAAAUAUUUAAAAAAUUGAAACACAAUAAAUAAUAUGUUUUCAAUGAGAAGAACCGAAAUGGACGCUUCAGAUGCAGCUUGGGGAAAAGAGAAUCGUAAAUUUUCAAAUGGAUUUAUUGGAACAGAGCAUAGGACAUUACUAAAUCAAGAAGACUCAAAAAAUGGACUUACACCAAUAUCUAGUGGUGAAGAAAUUGAAUAUGUCAGUGUACCAGGAUCUUCUCAACAAAUCGAAAUUAAAACAGGUCAAAAAAAGAGACGUAAAAAAAAAAAGAAAAAAAAAGCCGGACCAAGAAUGUUAACCAUGGAUGAUUUAGAAUCUGACGUGGUUAGUGAUUUUCGUCCCGAUGAUAAGAGCUUUAUUUCAACACAACCCAUGACUUAUGCAUCAGCUCCUAUUAUUUACAACGAGGUACGCGAAACAAUAACAAUAACAACAACAAAUCACCAAUCACGGUCGCAAAAAUCUACAAGACAACAUUACAGUUCGCCUGUAAGAUCACAUAGAUCACCUCCCGAAAAUCCACGGUCGCCAUCUUCACGGCGAAGAUCACCUCGUAAAUUUUUACCUCCCGGAAAACCAUCAACUUCUUCGUCAGUACCCACUAAACAUUGUUCCCACAAAACUUUAUAUCAAAAUAAGCGUCAUGAUGAGGCAUAUACUUCUUCGUUACUUAAAAAAGUUAAAGAGUAUGAUACUACAGCAGUAAUUCCAGCGAGACAAAAUCGUUACAAAGAAUCUUCAUUGAAGGAGAAAUUAAAUAAUAUGACUAAAUUGCAUUCAGAUUUUAAAGGAGGUGAUAAUAAUAAUAGUAAAGAUAAUAAUAAUGAGUCAAUAAAAAUAGAGAAUCUUGAUGAUGAAGAUCUUGAUACUUUAAGACGUCUUGCUUUAGAUACCCAACAAUCUAGACAAGAUGAAGACGAACAACAACAAAAUAGUAAUAAUAAUAAUGAUAACAAUUCAACAAAUUCGGAUAAUACACAAACUGUUCUUUUCAAUGACAGUAAUCAUAAUGUUGAAGAAUUGCAAUUACGUGCUCAAGCACUUAAGACAGCAGUGAUGAACAAAUGUAAGAAUAAAGGAUUAUUUAUUAAAAAAAGGGAUAAAGUUAUUAAAGAUGAAGCUACGUAUAAUGACAGUCUUUUGAAUGAUGUUAUUGAAAACAUUGAAGAAAAUAGUGCUUAUUCUCCGGGAGCUUUUUCUGUACAUUACAACAAAGGAAGUGAUGUUGCUGAUAUGGAAUUGGACUCCGAUGUAGAACGAGAGAAAAUAAAUUCACAAGCUUAUUCUCCUUAUUCGCCGACAGAUGAAGUAGGAGAUACUUUUGGAGAUUCAUAUUUAACUACCGAUUUAUUAGAAGAUAAUAAAAAUCAAGAAAUGCUUGAUCUGGAAGCUCCUUAUUCGCCGUCUGAUAUUCCAGCUAGUAAAUUAGCCUCACCAAAAAGCAAUCAGUAUAAUUAUCCAAUUUCUGAUUCUGAUAAGUCUUAUUUACCUAAUACUUCGAAUUUUAUGGAUUAUAAUGUGGUACCAACACUGUCUGUACAUAUGCCUCUUAACAAUGUUGAGUUAAAUAAUAUUUCAACGUUAUAUGGAAGCCUAAAUGUAUCUUCUUUAAAUUUAUCACCAUUAGAACAAUUAAAUAAUUCUAUGUUAGGUAAUAAAAAUUUAUCUAAUAAUAAUAAAGUAUUAGAACCGACAGAGCAAGUGAAAUUUAACGAAACAGUUGUUAAUUCUUCUGCUCGUAGAGCUGCGAAAAAAGAUGCAUUGUACGAUGAAGUUCUUCGAGAUCUUGAAGAAGAUUAUGGACCUAUUAUUCGUGAAAAUGAAAUUAAUAAUACGGUUAAUGUUACCAGCAAAUUGGUACCAGCUCCUAUUCUGAGGAUAAAUAAACAUUUGCAAAAAACAUUGCCGUUAAAACAAGUUGAUAAUCCAGUUAAAGUAUUUAAAAGUGCAGAAAUGAAACCUGUUGAUAUUAAUAAUCAAUUUGUUAAAACUAAUACAACAUUUAAACCUAUUAAAAUUCCACAGCCGGUUAAAAAAUCAUUAGCUUCUACUUCUGCUGAAGCUUUUGAUAGUUCUAUUGAUGAAUCUACUACUAACUGUUCAAAUAUAACUCCUGAUGAUUCAUCAAAUAAUGUUACGGAAAAAGAAUCUGUAACAACUUCUGAUCAGGUUAAAAGAAAACCUGGACGGCCUAAAACUCCUUCUAAAAAAAUAACUACUACUACUGUUGCUACUAAUAAAAAUUCAAAAGUUACUUGUAAUAAAGCGAAAACUUUGACCGAUAAAAAUAUUAAUAAGAAAGAACAAAAAACUGAUCGAUUAAAUGACGAAACUGGAAAAUCAGAAUCAAUAAAAGAGCUUUCUAUAAUUACGAAUAAAUUAGACAAUAAUUGUAAAAUUGAUCAAAUUUUAAAGCAAAAGAAAGAUAGUUUGUUGGGUAAAGUGUCGAAAAUAAAAAAUACAAAAAAACCAGAAUCUUUGGCAAGUACUAGUGAAACAAAUGACAAUAAACGAAGAUCGAGUUUCGAGGAAGAAGAACUUCGUGCACUAGCACUUGCGUCGUUAUCUAAACGGCUAAAACCAUCUGGGUCUAGUAAUAAAGAUUCUAAUUCUAAAGAAUCUGCAACAAAUAAUGUACGAUUUGUUAAAAAUAACGCACAAAAACCAGCAAUGUCCAAGACUAUUACACCAUCUGAUGGUAUUCCAUCAACUUCAUCAGGAAUUACAUCUAAUAAUAAUAAAAAACGUCCAAUUUCAGCAGAUUCUCAAGGACCACCUAAAAAAAUAAUUAAAAAAUCAAUAAAACCAACUGAAAGAGUUCCUAAAGCUAUUCAAAGCAUAAUUCCGCAAAAGUUUGUUCAAAAUAAAAAGAAAGUACCAACAUUAGUGCCCCAGUCAAAUCCUGUUGUUAAUAAUAAUAAUAAUAGUAAUAUUAAUACAGUUAAUAAGACAAACGAUCCAAUUGACUCGUUGACUUCAAAGAUAACGUCAACAAAGAAAAUACAACGAAUGGUGAUAAAUCUUGGGGAAGAUUCAGAUACUGAUUCUGAAUUUGAGCAAUUAGCAUCAGUAUGUAGAUCUAAUUUCAAAAUUCCUGCUACUAGAUCUAAUAAUCCUUUGACUGUACCUGAUACAGACUUUGAAAAAAGACUUGAGGACUUGUUACGAUCUCAGAGAGAAAAAACAGAAUCAAGUGCAUCUAAAUCAAGUGCAACUACUAAUUCAUCAGAUUUCAGUAAAACACCCCAGGCUAUGCGUCAUAUGCCACCUGAUAAGUUAGAAGAAUAUCGACGUCUUAAACAACGAGCUGCUGAGUUGGAAAAAAGUAUCACUAAUGAUAAACGUAAACGAAAUCCAGACAAGCCAAACUCUGCUGUUAAACCUACAGAGGCAAUUCCAAAUCCCACUAAGAGUCUACCGAAGAAAAUAAUUAAACCUGGAGUUGAAAAAACAAGUUCUUUUGUUAAUGCUGCCAGUACCAGUACCAGUGUCAGUGCCAAGACUUUAUCUGCCGAUAAAUCAAUUAGUUUUAGUAUCAACAAUGAUAUUUCAAAUACUAAUAGUAAUAGUGAAUUAUCAUCGAAAAGAGAGGAAAAUCGACUGAAAGUAUUAGCCAAUUGUAGCCAAGAAAUCUUGAAGAUCAUUCCUAAAACAAAUAGAAAAAUUAAUUUAAUACGUAAAGCUAAUGAUAAUUUGAAUGAUGAGAGAACAGAUGAAACUAUUGCUCAAAAUGUUAAUGUAAAUGUUAAAUCAUCUGAUGAAAUAAUUGAAGCUAUUGGAACAACAGCUAGUAGUGAUUCGUUUGAAUAUAUGCAUGAUUCUGUAAUUGAGUCAUUUAUUAUUGAAGAAGAGAAAGUUGAUCCAAAUAUUAUAGCUAGUAUUUCAGAAUCUCACGUCGUUAAAAAUAAUUCAAAUGUUAUUAAUUGGCCAAGAGUUUCUGCUGAUGAUCUAUCAGGGAAUAAUAAAUUUGAUAAACUUGUUAUUCAAAUUUCUAAUACUCGUGAUAUUGAUGUAUUACCACGUAGACAAGUAAAUGUUAUUAAAAAGGAUCAGGAUAAAAAAUCAGAGCCUGUUAAGCCUCAAGAAAAAGUAGCUGGACCGACUUUAAGAAUUUUAACUGCUGAUCAGGUUAAUAUGAGGGGAAAAGUAGCUGCUCCAACUUUGAGAAUAUUAACUGCUGAUCAGCUUAAUAUGCGGACUGAUCAAUCAGUGACAAUAGAGACAACGACGACGAUGACUACAGCGACAGUAACGGGAAUUACAGAAACAGUGACUAGUAGUCAAGAACGAAAACAUGACAAUGUUAUGCUCAAUUACAAUAAAAAAAUAUUGCACACUUGUGAUAAUAAUAAUUUAAUUAAUGAAAUGACAAUAGAAGAAGAAGAAGAAAAUAAAUUUGAUGCAAGUAUUGUGGUAAUUUCAGAGAGUUUGAACUCUGAUAAUAGAACAAAUAUUUCGGAAUUAUCAAUUGAUAAUUCAAGUCAAGUUUCUAAAAAUGAUACAGUAAAUAAUACAGUAAAUACUGCUACUGGUACUUCUUCAGAGUCAACAGAGAGUCCAUCAGAAAGAAUUAAUGCUGAAAUAAAAAUAGUUAUUGAUGAUUAUAAAUUACUUUCUUCUGAGGAGCAACAAAGUAAAUUAACUACGAUGGAAAGUAAAUUUACGGAAAAAAAACAAAUGGAGCUGGAUGCGUACAAUAUUUUAACUGAAAAUUUGCAAGAAUUAGAAACAGAGCGUCAAAUUCAAUUGGAUUUGUCUACUCAAGUUAAAAGAUUAAGAGCUGAGUUAAAAUUAGCAGAAGAACGGUUGAAAGUACAACAAGAAAAAUUAACUGGUAUAUCUGGUAAAAUAAUGACGAAUAAAAAUUUUGUUAAUGAUCGACGAAAUGAGUGUAAUAAUCAUGCGCGCAUUUGUACUGAAAUGGGAUUGAUUGUUGUAGGAAAAGAUUACAAAAUACCACCAGUUGGAAAUCAGUUGUCUAGAGAGGCAAUGAAAGAAGUUGCAAAUCGUAUUAAACGAUUAAGAAAAAAAGCCGGGUCGGUUGAUAUUGGUAAUAAUAGUGAUCAGCAGUCUAAUGAUGAUCAAUCAUCAGUAUCAUCUAAAGACACUUGUAAUACUGAUGAUUUGUAUAAUUUAAAAAUAAAUAAUCAAUUGAAUGAACAAUUAGGGGAAGUGAAAAUUGAAAAUAGUACUGAGCCAUUACAAGUUAAUUUAUUAUCUAAUGAAAAAGAUUCGACUAAUGUUACUAAUACAGUAACAAGUGUUGACGGUCAAUCAGGUAAUGAUAAGACAAUAGUUAUUAAAACUGAAAAUGUUGAAAAUGACAGAACAGAAACAACAUCUGGUACUUCAAAUUCUAGACCAGAAAAAGAAAUAAAUAAUAGUAAUAAUAAUAAAAAAAAUAAUCCAGAAGGGAUUGAAACAGAAGUAGCUGUUAAGCAAGAAAUAAUAGAUAUUGAAUUAGAAUCAUUACCAGUUGAUUCAGAAUUUACAAUAUCUUAUCCAAAUUUAGAGAGUGAAUUGAACCAAAUAGAAAUGGAGUGUAUUGCCAAAAACGAACAAGAUGAUCUUAAUGAACUGGAGUCACGUUUGACUCCAAUAGAUCCAACAUUACCUGAAGAAUCGUAUCCAAUGACAGAACCAAUGCAACAAGAUGAUAAUAUUAAUUCCAUUGAACCUAAGACUGAAAAUGAUAAUGAUAAUAAUUUAACAUUACCAGUGUUUACCAAUGCACCGCCUGUUAAUGAUAUUUCUUCAUUAAUACAACCGACUGUACAAACUUCUCAGCUCAGUUCUUCCUCUGGUGGUAAUUCCAGUGUAGAUAUUACUGAUAGCUUAUCAAAAAUACUGGGAGAUAAUUUAUCAACUAGACGGAAAGAAUGUGAAAAAAAAAUUAAACUAUCUCAACCAGUAAAAUCUUAUGAGUCUAUUUUACCAGCUUUAAAUCCAACCAGAAAUUUGGAUCCAAAUGCUGUUUUGUGUCCGUUUGAAUUAAAAGGGACGUGUAAGGACGACGCUUGUACAUAUGCUCAUCUCAAUCAUAGGUCUACGACGUAGCAUUUAUUGCUACAAUUAUCCAAGAUUUCAACUAUUUUUUGAUACAUACAUUAGUGAAUUUAAUUAUAGAAGAGAGUUUUAUACUUGAUGAUAAUCCGGCGAUACUGACUCAUCCAUCUGUCUACGGAUGGUAAGUUGUUUUUUUCAGGAACAAAAAAAUAACUUCGGAUUUUUUCCCGGGUUUAUAUUCAGUGGAAAUAUAAACUAAUAUUUAGAAAUUAAUAAAAAAAAAAUAUGUUUCGUUUUACGUUAAUUAUUAUUUAAUUUUUAGUUUUUUUUUUUUGAAACGUGCUGAUUAUUAAUUUUAAAAAAUAUUUUUUUUUGUUUAACAAAAUGUGAAAAGAUCUUUUAUAGAAGACGUUCGUGUGUAUUAUAUAUAAUUUAUAAAUCAACGUAAAUGUCAAUAUAAUUAGAAUCAGAAAGAGUAGAAAGUAAAAAAAAAAAAAACGAAAAUGAAACGGUAAAAAAUUUUUCAAGAUAAAAAAAAUGACUAAAAAUUAUAUUGAUAAAUAUCAACUUAAUUAAACUCGUUGGAAAGAAAUAGUGUUUUUGAAUAGUGUUAAUAUCAGACAUAUAUACCUCAUAUAAAUACACGUUCUGUACCUGUGUGUAAUAAAGUUGAAUAUUUUUUUUUUAAAA